AUGGCCAUAGGAAUGCUAGUUGCUGCUCUACAUGUUUGCCUGACCAAAUCCGAUGUGAAACUGGGGUUGGCACGACUGCUGGAGAAAUGCCAGCAACACAAGCAUGUCAUGACCCAAAGGGAGCUGGACAAGAAGCACCGUUUUGACAAAGAGCUUUUGCACGCUCGCAUUGAGAUUUUCGGAAUGGUCCACCGUGUCGCAAUUCACAUCGCUUUUGCCCUUGUUCUGGCCACCAUGCACAAGCUGGCGGCCAGCGGCGGUGUGGCCUCCUGGAUGCAACUUCUAGGCACCUGUAGUGGCUAUGGCUUGCAUGUUUUGAUUGCAUCAGGUGUCUUGGAGAUCAAAAGUGCCAGCCACAUUCGCUUUCUGGAAGUUUCUUGUGUCGGCACCUAUGCCAUGUACCUCUGCGGUGUCGUGCAGGAGACGGAACCGGAGAUGUUCUCAGCCACUGAAAAAGUCUCACAAGUGACAAUGGUCCUUUUGUCUGUGGUCUUCAUUGAUGUGAAGAUGCCGCUUCCAGUAUACAUCUGUGGGGCUGUGUCGCUAAGUUACAAGCAGUUUCAGUUGAUGGGUUCAUCCAAUGUCAAACCCAUGCUACUUGCUUCAACUCUGGUCUCGCACACCGCUGCGUGUGGUGUCGUUACCUUCAUCGUGUUUGCAAUGCAAUCGCACAUCGCAAGUAAGCUGGAUUCAAAAGAUAUUUCCUCCCUCUUGGUGGCCUCGCGGAGGGUCUUAAGAGGGGUCUGCGACGGGGAUUUGGUGCUGGACUCUCGCAAUCACAACAUCGUUGAUGAUGGGAGCUCCUUGGAACGAUUGUUGAAGACGCCAAAGAAAUUGGCCGACACGAGUUUCUUAGACCUAUUCCUGGACCCUGAAGGGCGGCAAAACUUUUUGCAGUUCCUGCGAAGUGAAACGGCUCCGAGACAAAGCCAAGGCAUUCCACCGUGUUUGAGGAUAGCUCUGCAGGGUGCAGAAGGCCCUGUGUCCACAGAUGUUUUCUGUACCAGCGUGGCAGCUGCAGGUGAGGAGUAUUACCUGCUGGCUUUGCGAGCCGAUCCUGAUCAGUUUAUAGCUCCACCUGAUGCUCAAGCUGACCAAGCUGACCCUCCCCCUGCUCGGCGGCCUGUUCAGCAAAAUCCUCAAGGGAAGCGCCCCGCUGAGCAUGCUGAAGCUUCUCAGGGCCCGGCAAGCUCCAUUGAAGUCGCAGAAGCUUUCAAAGAGCUGAUGCAGGCUACCUUCUUGGUGAGCAAGGAAAGCCCAGGGAUGGAUAUCGAAGAGGUGAGCCUCUCAUUCCUGCGACGUCCUCGUGAGAACGGCAUGCCCACCCUACGCAGCUUCAUUCGGAUCAAUGACUGGCCACGCGUGGAUGACUUCUUCAAGAAUGCGCGCAGCCUUUCGGUGGAGGAUGCGGAAAUCCCUGGCUUCCCUGCUCCCCUGUUGUUCCGCAUUCCGGGCAGUCGGCCGCGUGCCUAUCUGUUGGCCCGAAACGUCUCUGUGAGCGUGGCGGAGGAGGAAGAACCUGGAAAGCCCAGCCAUUUCCAUCUGCAUCUGAGCACCUUUGACGUACGGCAGUUGCGGAGGCGCCGGGAUGACCUGGAGAGCAUCCAUGAAGAGGGCGAUGUCCGGUGA